AACCUUUGAUUUAUAGACAGGAAGAACGUAACAUUAGCUUACGGAGAAACUGAAGCUAACCUGUUUGCCAUCAAAACACACAUCUAGCAAGUGUACUGAAAAUCAUGGUCGUAGAUGGAGGAUCUGGAGUUUCAUUUGAGUGGGGAGGCAGAUGGAGCCACAUAAAAAAAUUCCUGGAGAGGCCGGGGCCAUUUACACAUCCGGACUUCGAACCGGGCACAGAGGGCUUGCAGUUUUUGUUAGAAACCUGCAAAAUCUUGGUCAUUGGUGCUGGUGGGCUGGGAUGUGAGCUGCUGAAAGAUCUGGCUUUAACAGGCUUUCGAAACAUCAAUGUUGUCGACAUGGACACCAUUGAUGUUUCCAACCUGAAUCGUCAGUUCCUCUUUAGGCCUAAGGAUGUUGGCCGACCUAAAGCUGAAGUGGCUGCAGACUUCAUCAACAGCCGUGUCCCAGGAUGCUGUGUUGUACCUCAUUUUAAAAAAAUUCAGGACUUAGAUGAAACAUUCUACAGACAAUUCCAUAUAAUUGUUUGUGGACUUGAUUCUAUUGUUGCCAGGAGGUGGAUGAAUGGUAUGCUGCUAUCUUUGCUGGUGUAUGAGGACGGUGUGUUGGAUCCAGGGUCCAUUAUCCCAUUAAUUGAUGGUGGGACUGAAGGCUUCAAGGGCAACGCUAGAGUCAUUUUGCCUGGUAUGACUGCCUGCAUUGACUGCACCCUUGAGCUUUACCCUCCUCAGAUCAACUUUCCCAUGUGCACAAUAGCUUCAAUGCCUCGUUUGCCAGAGCAUUGCAUCGAGUACGUCAGAAUACUGCAAUGGCCCAAAGAGCUACCAUUUGGUGAUGGUGUGGCAUUGGAUGGAGAUGACCCCGAGCACAUCCAGUGGGUUUUUCAGAGAUCUCUGGAGAGGGCAGCAGAGUUCAGUAUCACAGGAGUCACAUACAGACUGACACAGGGUGUUGUUAAAAGGAUAAUCCCAGCUGUUGCAUCUACAAAUGCUGUCAUUGCUGCUGCUUGUGCCACAGAGGUUUUCAAAUUAGCAACAAGUGCCUAUAUACCUCUCAGUAACUACAUGGUUUUCAACGAUGUUGACGGCCUGUAUACCUACACCUUCGAGGCAGAAAGGAAGGAAAACUGCAGUGCCUGCAGACAGGUACCUCAGGAUCUCCACUUUCAUCCAACUUCCAAACUCCAGGAAGUAUUAGACUUCCUGACUGAGAAUGCAUCAUUACAGAUGAAGUCACCUGCUAUAACAGCUACAGUGGAGGGAAAAAACAAAACAUUAUAUUUACAGUCGGUACCUUCGAUUGAACAGAGAACACGGGCAAAUCUGUCUAAAACCUUAAAAGAGCUGGGGCUGACAGAUGGACAGGAACUUGCCGUAGCUGAUGCAACAACACCCCAAACUGUGAUGUUUCGACUUAGCUUUACCUCAUAGAUCAAGCAGAAGCACUUUUUCCAAUCAGUUCAAAACAGAAACAGCUCUAAGUGAAUACAAACACGUUGUUUAAUAUGGAUCUAAUUUAAUGGGAAAAACUGGAUGUUUUUGCACUGAAAAAAGCCAAAUCCGAGUUUAAACUUUUGUCAUGUUUUUUUUCUUUUCCAAACUGUUUAAGAAGUAUGUGUUAAUGGUAUUUUCGUCAUUAAGUAUUGUCUUUUGUACUUGUUCUGUUUUGUGUAUUUAUUUAUGUUUCGGGUUUUUUUUAGUUUGUGCAGCUUUUGAAGUUGAAACUGUCUGGACUGGAAUAAAUUGUUUUUUGGUAAACAAUGUCUAACUUUUUAAUAAAAAGCUGAGGAGUA